AUGCAGGGGUGGGCAGUAUCCUUUGGUAGUUGGUUACCUAAGGCUAUGGCUGCUCCAACUCCUGUUAGUUGCUUAGUUCAUAGUAGUACUUUGGUUACUGCCGGUGUUAUGCUUAUGGAUUGUUAUCUUUAUAUUUGUUUGAAUUCUGAUGUUUUAACUUUUGUUUUUUAUAUUGGCUAUUUAAUUUAUAUUAAUUGUGGUAGCCAGGAUUAUCGGGGAUAUUCUUAUUUGGGUGUUUGUGCUCCAAUUUUGGUUCAAUUACAAGUUUUUGUUAAGUUGUUUUAUUAUUCUUGUUUUUUGUUGGUUUUUUUUUCUAUUGUUUUUACUUUUUGA